GGGCAGGAGGCGCGGCCAUGUUCCGCAUCGAAGGGCUGGGGCCGAAGCUGGACCCGGAGGAGCUGAAGCGGAAGAUGCGGGAGGACGUCCUCUCCUCGGUCCGCAACUUCCUCCUCUACGUGGCGGUGCUGCGCGUCACUCCCUUCAUAUUAAAGAAGCUGGACAGCAUAUGAGAAGGACUUUGCGGAUGACCUGUGUAUGGAAGACCAAGCUGGACUGCGGUUGCACAUUU